AUGGCUGAAGAGAUCACCGUGCCGGGGGAUCUUAUCUGUCUUAUAGACAGCGGUGACGGCUUUGGCCCACCUCUAUCUAAACGUCCUGGCGGCUCUAUGUUGCUAAAUGGGGCAGGUGAUGAUACUGGAGGGGCAGACGUGGAGGAAUUGCCCAAUCCACAGACGCUAGAGAUAGAUAUGGAAAGCUUUAGCCAAAGUGUUAUUCUUCAUAGUUCUGCUGUAGAGGCCUCGCGGGCCUUUAUUGCUGGACUGAAAACCUUCAACCCUUUCCCAGGAGAUCAAGAAGGCCUCGUCGGUUUUGCCUAG